UUCGAGGCGACGUCGAGGCGACGGUCGAGACGAUGACGACGGGCGCGCCGGCGACGGCGACGGGCGCGAGAUGCGCGAGAUGCGCGAGAUGCGCGACGCGCGCGUCGACGUCGUACGGCGCGACUCGACGCGCGCGCGCGACGACGACGCGGGCGACGACGACGACGACGACGACGACGCGAGGGACGACGACGACGACGACGCGCGCGGCGAUUCGCGACUCUCUCUCGCGCGCGCGCGCGAACGAGGGCGCCUGGCGCGGGGGGACGCGCGCGAGGCGCGCGAUGACCGCGACGCGGGCGCAGCGACAGUCGAAGGCGACGGAGGAGGCGACGACGACGACGACGACGCUCGCGGAGUCGUCGCCGGCGAGGCGGAAACAACGCCUGACUCCGAAGGAGGCGCUGCGAUUGGCGCUGGCGGAUUUGGACGCCAGCGGGUGGUGGGCGGUGAUCUCGAGUGGGAUCGUGUUCGGGACGUUCUUGUUGGAGACGUAUAACGUGUCGAGUUUGGGUGGCUGGGAUAUCCUGUACCGCGAGGACAUUCCCUGGUACACGGGCAUCAUCUCGAUGGAUUCGCUGACGUCCAUCGAGGAUGCGUACAACUUGUUGUUUUUAUUCGAACUUUGCCUGCGCGCGUACGCGGCAGAUUUCAGCUUGAAGUUUUGGACGAAACCGGUGACGGUCGUCGACGUGGCGAGCACGGUGCCACCGCUUUUGGCCAUCGUCGACGUUCUCGAUCGGAGCACGCCUUUUUAUCGCUUUUUGAGAUUACUUCGAGUGUUACGUUUGUUGCGUUUGUUAGACCGAUCCACGGAUUCGGUGUUGUUUGGAUUAGUGAAGAGUGACAGCAUGGGCGUGCAGCUUAUCGGUAUCGGUGCGGAGUUUGUGUGCAUCUUCGUCAUCGCCGCAGGCGUUGUCUACGAUUUGGAAGUCGGCACGAACCCGAUGGUGCACAACUUGAACGAUACGUUGUAUUGGGCCAUCCUAACGCUCACGGGGAUCGGUCAGCCGUUCGAAGUCGUCACUGCGGGAGGACGCGUGGCGACGGUGAUAUCUAUCAUCGUCGCUUUAAUCGUCGUCCCGGGUCAGCUCGCCAAGCUCGCCGCGAUAAGUGGCGCGGAGAAUUUGCGCAAGAUGAUGGACGAGGACGAGGAGGAGGACGAAAACGGCUUCAUUAGGAUGUCAGGCACCUUUGACGAGUUGGACGAAUCGAUCUCGAGAAGAGGACUGUUCGAUGAUCGCGACUGCCCGCAAUGCGGCUUGAGCAUGCACGAGACAGACGCUCGUUUUUGUCGUCGCUGCGCGGCUCGUUUGCCCGAAUCCGCUCCGACGACAGCCGUCUAUCGGCGGUCAGAUCGACCUAAGCAAGUGCGCAUGAUGCCCGAGGCUCAACUGCCGGGAAUGCGCUUAGGCAUAGACACCACGAACUCGGUAUCUCGAUCUAUGAACGAAAUUCAGAGGCAGCAGCGCCGCCGCCGCGACUGAUUGAUUAUUUUUACACGCGC